CGCAAUGCAGGUGAGAGCUGGUUUGGGGCUGCUGACCGCUAUCUAACGUCAGGUAACGGGAUGGACUGAACUGACUGAGGAAACAAGGGAGGAGAAGCAACUUGAUGCAUCAUUAGAUGCACUGCUGACUCAAGUGGGUGACCUGAAGAACUCACUAGGGAGUUUCAUUUACAAGCUGGAGAACGAGUAUGACCGGCUGACCUGGCCCUCUGUUUUGGACAGCUUUGCUUUGCUCUCUGGCCAGUUGAAUACUCUGAACAAGGUUUUGAAACAUGAAAAAACACCACUGUUCCGAAACCAAGUCAUUAUCCCUCUGGUGUUGUCCCCAGAUCGUGAUGAAGAUCUCAUGCGGCAAACGGAAGGACGAGUACCUGUUUUCAGCCAUGAAGUAGUUCCUGAUCAUCUGAGAACCAAGCCUGACCCUGAGGUUGAAGAGCAAGAAAAACAGUUGACAACGGAUGCUGCCCGCAUUGGUGCUGAUGCAGCUCAGAAGCAGAUCCAGAGCUUGAAUAAAAUGUGCUCAAACCUUCUGGAGAAAAUCAGCAAGGAGGAACGAGAAUCAGAGAGUGGAGGUCUCUGGCCGAACAAGCAGACCUUUAACCCUGCAGACACCAAUGCCUUGGUGGCAGCUAUUGCCUUUGGGAAAGGGCUGUCUAACUGGAGACCUUCAGGUAGUAGUGGCCCAGGCCAGCCAGGCCAACCAGGAGCUGGGACAAUUCUUGCAGGAGCCUCAGCAUUACAGCAGGUGCAAAUGGCAGGAGCUCCAGGCCAGCAGCAGCCACUGCUCAGUGGGGUGCAAAUGGCCCAAGCAGGUCAACCAGGAAAAAUGCCAAGUGGAAUAAAAACCAACAUCAAGUCUGCUUCAAUGCAUCCCUACCAGCGGUGAGUGUGGCCAGCAACUUCCACUCUCAAGGUGCUCUUUGCAGAGCUGACCAGAGAAGUUGCCUUUUGUCUACACUGACCUAGAGGCAGUCCCCCAACAGAAAGACCUUGGGCUUUCAACAACUGACCAGUUGCAGCCUCGCCACUGACUAGCUGUAUGAAAUUGGGAAAAAUUACCGAAUUUUUCUGAGCCUGUUUUUUCAUUUGUAAAUGGUAAUAAUGCCUACCUCAUAGGGUUGUUGUGAGGAUUAAAAUGAUACAAUGAGUAUAAAGCACUUAGCACACUACAUGAAAUAAUGGGUAUCCAAUAAAUGAUAGUUUGUACAGCCA